AUGGUACGCAAUAAAACUCCUCGAGUAUGUAUAAUAGGUGCUGGGAUCGCCGGGCUCGCCUCAGCUAGGUACUUAAAAGACGAAGGCAUAAAUUUUAAAGUUUUUGAAUCUACGCGGUACAUUGGAGGCACUUGGCGAUAUGACCCAAGGGUUGGAGUCGAUGAAAACGGUAUGCCAGUGCAUACUAGCAUGUACAAGCAUUUGAGAACAAAUCUACCAAAGGCAACAAUGGAACUCAAAGGCUUCCCAAUACCUGACGAAUUCCCCAGCUUCCCAAGCUGGAAACUUUACUAUGAUUACGUAAAAGAUUAUGCGAGACAUUUUGAUUUGGAACAACACAUAAAGUUUCUACAUAGAGUCAAUUUAGUUACAAGAAAAGACAAUGUGUGGAUCGUAAAGUAUCAAAAUAUAUUAAGUGGUGACGAGUUCGAAGAAGAGUUCGACUUUGUAAUAGUCGGUAAUGGACAUCACAGUAAGCCACAUAUGCCAAAUAUUCCAGGAGAAGAACUGUUUAAAGGUUCAAUCAUCCAUAGUCACGAUUAUAGGGAACCAGAUCCCUACACAGACCGUAGAGUCCUUGUGAUCGGUGCUGGUCCCUCUGGUAUGGACAUUGCUAUUGAUUUGGUAAACCUUUCGAAGACCUUAGUGCAUAGUUAUCACUCUAAAAUAAACUUUAAAACACCUUUUCCUAACAAUUAUAUAAAGAAACCUGAUGUGAAGGAGUUCACAGAACACGGUGUUAGAUUUGUUGACGGAAGCUAUGAAGAUAUCGAUGAUGUGAUUUACUGUACAGGAUACGAAUUUGAUUAUCCGUUUUUGGAUGAAAGUUGUGAAUUAAACAUUGCUCCACAUAGUGUGACGCCAUUGCAUAAAUACAUGGUAAACAUACAUCAUCCUAGUAUGAUGUUAAUGGGGCUCACUGUACGCGCUUGUUUGGUCGUUGCUUUAGAUGCCCAGUCACGUUAUGCCACAGCAUUGAUAAAAGGUAAUUUUACACUACCCUCGAAAGAAGAAAUGCUGGAAGAAUGGCAGAAGCAUGUAGAUGUAAUCAAAUCGAAAGGACGACCCUUAUCCGAUAUUCAUUUCUUAGGAGAAAAAGAAGACGAUUAUUACGCCGAGUUAACGAAUGAGUCCGGCAUAGACAGGGUGCCGCCAGUUAUGUUCAAGAUUCGCAGUCUUGAUAUGGUAGCAAAACUGGAAAAUCUUUAUACGUAUAGAAAUUAUGUUUACAAGGUCAUUGAUAAUGAAAAUUUCGUUAGGAUCCUACCACAGAAGUCAGACAACGGAAUAAAU